GCUGUAGGAAGCAAACGUAUAUGAAAGAAGCCAAAUAUUUUUAUUGCGGUCAGAAACUUUCUUACUUUGCAGCUCACUCGGCACGGCCAUGCACCGCCUGAGUGUACGUGGUGCUCUUCUGCGGUUCACCAUGGUGUCCACAUGGUCUAGCAGCACCGCCGCUGCGCUCGGCGUCUCCCAUCGCUGCUGCGCCACGACACCGGCCUCCUCCUCGACUUCGUCUUCCACGCCGCCGUCGACGCCCGGGAAAGUCAGGGUGCACAUUUCGAGUCAAAUGGAGAACAAGGAGCUCACGGUGGACGCCCCGGUCGGCGUGACCUUGAUGGAGGUGAUACGCGAUGUGGCUCGAAUGGACAUGGAGGCGGCGUGCGACGGCACCUGUGCGUGCAGCACGUGUCACGUGAUUUUCGAUGCGGAGUCGUAUAGGAAGCUGCCCAGCACGCCGUCGGAGGACGAGAUGGACAUGCUCGACCUCGCCCCGGCGGUGACCAAGACGUCCCGUCUGUCGUGUCAGGUGCAGAUGACGCCGGAGCUGGACGGCAUCUCGGUUGUCAUUCCCGAUGAGACAGACAAUCAAAUGCGGUAA